CUUGUGCUUCGUCGCACGUGCAGAACGUUUGUCAGUCGUGGUGUUCAUGCGAGAAACACCUUCGCGCUAAAGUCGUCUCGAUUAACAGUUUAAGGAAUAAACUUCAGCUAGAUCAGUAAAUGAUGGAGUGAUUCUAUCAGAGGUCGACGUUUCAUCUACGUUGUUUAGUAUAAUUCGCUGUAGAAGCGGACCCAGAUCUGUCCCAAGAAGGUUGCUGUGGUAUCAAGGCUAUCCAAUCCAAUCAUGGUGGUAAUGAGCUCAUUUCCACCGCCGACCGAGGGAUUACUACACGUGCAGGCUGACACUCAAGCAUUUAUGCAGGAUAGAUGCCUGGGAAAUGGUGUAUUAUACAUUGCACAAGAACGGUUAUCAUGGAGUAAUGAGCAGGGGCAAGGGUUCUCACUUGAGUACCCAUCCAUCUCAGUGCACGCCAUCUGCAGGGAUACGGCCAAAUUCCCCCAUCAGUGCAUCUACUGCAUGCUCGAUUCUCCUCUUGAGGGCAAUGAUGAUGAUGAAGAAGCUGUUGGUGAAGUGAGAUUUGUUCCCGCUAAUAUAUCAGCAUUAGAAACAAUGUUCAAUGCCAUGUCAGAUGGCCAAGCAUUGCACCCAGAUCCCCAGGAAGAGGAGGAGGAGGAAAUGGCAGGAUUUGGGGGAGAAGAGUACUUCACAAAUGAAAGUGAAGCUGUUCUGACCCCUGAAGGACAGGCGACCCUUGAACGCCUUGAAGGCGCCUUCCAGAUGCCAAGCCAGCAGGACUUUGAAGAAAUGACUGACCCUAAUGGUCAUGUGGGCAAUGGAACUAAAAUUGGAGAUGUUGACAUGGAAGAGGAGGAUAGUCCUGGUCAGUUUGAAGAUGCAUAGGACAUUUUUAUGGUAGUUCGAGUGGUGUUUUUGUACUUUAUAUUGUCACAGACUUGUAGCAUAUGUUGUCAUACUUUAUAAAGCGUGUAAACUAUUUUUUUACAGAUUGCGAUGUUCUUUGUAUUGUAUGAUAUUUAAAACAGGAAAAAUAUAAAACUUCACCAAGAAAAA